AAAUAAUUUGAGCUAUGGCAAAGUUGGUCUACAUUGGAUUCCCCUCCCCGCUCACCAAGGCUUCGUGCAUCUCUCUGGACACGAACGAAGAGGUUGAGGUAACGCAGGUGUCCCGUGGUAUUUGCCAGGAUAUCAGUGUUAUUCCUGAGAAGAAGGGUAAAUAUAAGAUCGAGCUUGAGUUUGACUAUGACCCCGGUGUUCUCUCCAACAUCAGCAACAUCAAGAUCAGCGGUUCCAACAAGGCUCAAGAAGCUACAACGACAACUACACAAGAUGUCAACUCCUUUGCUCUGAACAUCCCUGGUCUUGAUGUUAAACCCAAUGAUGAUGGCAGCAUGAGUUUCCUGCUGAAGGGAGAGGACGGAAGUACGACUGAAGUGAACGCUGAUAUCCCCGGAAUGAACGUUGUAAAGAACGAGGAUGGAACCGUCAUGUUCUCGAUGCCCGACGAGGAGCAAGCAGAAAGUGAAACCACCACCACCAAUAAGGAGGAGCCAAACUACAGCUCCCGAACCACCAGAACUACCACCACUAUCACGAAGAGUUCAGUGCCAGCUGCUACCCAACAAACAAUAGUGUCCGGCCAGUUCAGUCUGCCCCGAGCUCAGCAAAACAUCAACAUCAAGCUGCCCUGCCCCAAACACCAUCAGGAGAACCUGAAGACAGCUUGUACUGGCCCGGACGGGAGCAGUGUCCCCACCAACUGCACGAUAGUUGAUGACGAUACGAUCAACCUGGGAUUCUCACCCAGCCAGGGAAAUGGAACUUACUCUCUUAACCUGCUCAUAGCAGACAAGGUCUUCCCAGGGUGUCCCAUACAACUUGAGGUUAAAGGCCUAUAGAAGAACAAUAGAAGAUAGAAUGAUCCCCAAUUUCAAACCAGUUGGAUUUGAAGGAGCGUUUUGACUUUUGAGGACUAUAGUUUGAAAAUAUAUGUUUGAGUUCAUAAUAUUAGCGUUUUUUUCCCUAUUUUUGUUGAAAAUUUGAUAAAUAUUUUAAAGGUAUAAUUGUAUAGACUAACACACUUUUGUACAAACUUAAGUAAUCGAUUGUGUAAAUAUUUAAAUAAUAUUUGUUAGUGUACUAAGACACAACAGAA